AUGCGCAGUGAAAGUUAUUUAAACGUAAAAAAUGAUGACCAUAUUAAAGAUGAUCAUAAUGAGAAAGAGGAUCAAAAGGUUGGGCAAAAAUAUUCGUUUAUAAUGUUUGGUGGCGGAUAUAGAAUUUGCCCCGGGAGGAAGUUAGCUAUGAUUGAGUUACUUUCUCUUAUGGUGUAUGUAUUUGGAAAAUAUGACGUCGAAUUAAUCGAUAUGAAAGCUCCAUUAAAGACCAAAUCUUCCCAUGCCACUAGUUGUCAAGAGCUUAUGGUUAAAAUUAAGCCCAGGAACAAAUAA